CACUGGGACAGAGUGAAUAGGAUCCCUACUGCUCUUGUCUCUGUGAGUGACCGUCCCAUUGAAGCCCUACACCAUGGCUUAGAGAAGUACUAUAACUUAAGAGAAGACCCUGGACUCAUCUGGAUCGUGAUUAUCUUUAUUCUGGACACAGACGCCAGUUACCACCACGCGAAAAAGCUUGCGCAACAGUUGGAGAACAUGGAAGACCCUAAUGUCUUCAAGUAUGAAUAUAUAUUUAAAUGGGAGGUUCCUGAACAGUAUGUAGAACAUCAAGUCUCACUUCAGAUACUGCUUGACUAAGGUUUGGAUCUGUGCGACUACCUUAAUGACAUAGAUCACCUUCCAGACCUUAAAACACUAUGUAAGGAGAUGACUGAGUGUCUCCUGAACCCUUCCUUCAGUGGUUAUGAUAUUAGCUGGAGCUUAGGAUGGAUAGUGAGAUGCUUUAGGGUGUGGGCCCCUAUGUAUAACAUUGCGUCACAGCUCCUAACUGAUUGCCCUCACUGUAUUGUUGUUAACUACCAGUACUAGUAUGCUUAUUAGGCGGGCUACGCUAAGCCUAUUAACUUUGAACAUUUC